GGUUGAGGGUUAUUUAAAGAAGGGGGGGCCUGAGCGAAGGGUUGGAAGCGGAGUGAUUCCCCACCCCUGCUCCAUCUAGCUCUUUCCAGUGCAGCCACUGCCGCCGCCCAGGAGCCCUCGUCCCCUGCCUCGUCCCCCUCUUCGUUCCCGCUCCCACGGCAUGGAGCAGGACACCGCCGCAGUGGCAGCCACCGUGGCAGCCGCGGAUGCGACCGCCACUAUCGUGGUCAUAGAGGACGAGCAGCCGGGGCCGUCCACCUCUCAGGAGGAGGGAGCGGCCGCCGCGGCCACCGAAGCCACCGCGGCCACGGAGAAGGGCGAGAAGAAGAAGGAGAAAAACGUUUCUUCUUUUCAACUCAAACUUGCUGCUAAAGCGCCUAAAUCUGAAAAGGAAAUGGACCCAGAAUAUGAAGAGAAAAUGAAAGCCAACCGAGCAAAGAGAUUUGAAUUUUUACUGAAGCAGACAGAACUAUUUGCACAUUUCAUUCAGCCUUCAGCACAGAAAUCUCCAACAUCUCCACUGAACAUGAAAUUAGGACGUCCUCGAAUAAAGAAAGAUGAAAAGCAGAGCUUAAUUUCUGCUGGAGACUACCGCCACAGGCGCACAGAGCAAGAAGAAGAUGAAGAGCUACUGUCGGAGAGUCGGAAAACAUCUAAUGUGUGUAUUAGGUUUGAGGUGUCACCUUCAUAUGUGAAAGGGGGGCCACUGAGAGAUUAUCAGAUUCGAGGACUGAACUGGUUGAUCUCUUUAUAUGAAAAUGGAGUCAAUGGCAUUUUGGCUGAUGAAAUGGGUCUUGGGAAAACUUUACAAACAAUUGCUUUGCUUGGUUACCUGAAACACUACCGAAAUAUUCCUGGACCUCACAUGGUAUUAGUUCCAAAGUCUACUUUACACAACUGGAUGAAUGAAUUUAAACGAUGGGUCCCAUCUCUCCGGGUCAUUUGUUUUGUCGGAGACAAGGAUGCCAGAGCUGCUUUUAUUCGUGAUGAAAUGAUGCCAGGAGAGUGGGAUGUUUGUGUUACUUCUUAUGAGAUGGUAAUUAAAGAAAAAUCUGUAUUCAAAAAGUUUCAUUGGCGAUACCUCGUCAUUGAUGAAGCUCACAGAAUAAAGAAUGAAAAAUCUAAGCUUUCAGAGAUUGUUCGUGAGUUCAAGUCAACUAACCGCUUGCUUUUAACUGGAACACCUUUGCAGAAUAACCUGCAUGAACUGUGGGCCUUACUCAACUUUUUGUUGCCUGAUGUCUUUAAUUCUGCAGAUGACUUUGAUUCUUGGUUUGACACUAAAAAUUGCCUUGGUGAUCAAAAACUCGUGGAAAGACUUCAUGCAGUAAGUAAUGGCAGACAGGAACAUUCAACUUUUAGGUAUACAAAAAUCCUGAUGAAAGAUAUUGAUGUUUUAAACUCUUCUGGCAAGAUGGACAAGAUGCGACUCUUAAACAUUCUGAUGCAGCUUCGAAAGUGUUGUAAUCAUCCGUAUCUGUUUGAUGGUGCCGAACCUGGUCCACCUUACACCACUGAUGAACAUAUUGUCAGCAACAGUGGUAAAAUGGUAGUUCUGGAUAAACUAUUGGCCAAACUCAAAGAACAGGGUUCAAGGGUUCUCAUUUUCAGCCAGAUGACUCGCUUGCUGGACAUUUUGGAAGAUUAUUGCAUGUGGCGUGGUUAUGAGUAUUGUCGACUGGAUGGACAAACCCCUCAUGAAGAAAGAGAGGAUAAAUUCCUAGAAGUGGAAUUUCGGGGUCAAAGGGAAGCAAUAGAGGCAUUUAAUGCUCCCAAUAGUAGCAAAUUCAUCUUUAUGCUAAGUACCAGGGCUGGAGGUCUCGGAAUUAACCUGGCAAGUGCUGAUGUAGUUAUACUCUAUGAUUCAGACUGGAACCCACAGGUUGAUCUACAAGCUAUGGAUCGAGCACAUCGUAUUGGUCAGAAGAAGCCAGUACGUGUAUUCCGUCUCAUCACUGACAACACUGUUGAAGAGAGGAUUGUAGAAAGAGCUGAGAUAAAACUGAGACUUGAUUCAAUUGUUAUACAACAAGGAAGACUCAUUGACCAACAGUCUAACAAGCUGGCCAAAGAGGAAAUGUUGCAAAUGAUACGGCAUGGAGCCACCCACGUUUUUGCUUCUAAAGAGAGUGAGUUGACAGAUGAAGACAUUACAACUAUUCUGGAAAGAGGGGAAAAGAAGACUGCAGAGAUGAAUGAGCGCCUGCAAAAAAUGGGAGAGUCUUCUCUAAGAAAUUUUAGAAUGGACAUUGAACAAAGUUUAUACAAGUUUGAAGGAGAAGAUUAUAGAGAAAAACAGAAGCUUGGCAUGGUGGAAUGGAUCGAACCGCCUAAGCGAGAACGCAAAGCAAACUACGCAGUGGAUGCCUACUUUAGAGAGGCUUUGCGUGUCAGUGAGCCAAAGAUUCCAAAGGCUCCACGGCCUCCAAAACAGCCAAAUGUUCAGGAUUUUCAAUUUUUCCCACCACGCUUAUUUGAGCUCCUGGAAAAGGAAAUUCUUUAUUAUCGGAAGACAAUAGGCUAUAAGGUCCCAAGAAAUCCUGAUAUCCCAAAUCCAGCUCUGGCUCAAAGAGAAGAGCAAAAAAAGAUUGAUGGAGCAGAACCUCUUACACCAGAAGAGACUGAAGAAAAGGAAAAACUUCUCACACAAGGUUUCACAAACUGGACUAAACGAGAUUUUAACCAGUUUAUUAAAGCUAAUGAGAAAUAUGGAAGAGAUGACAUUGAUAACAUAGCUCGAGAGGUAGAGGGCAAAUCCCCUGAGGAGGUCAUGGAGUAUUCAGCUGUAUUUUGGGAACGUUGCAAUGAAUUACAGGACAUUGAGAAAAUUAUGGCUCAAAUUGAACGUGGAGAAGCAAGAAUUCAACGAAGGAUCAGUAUCAAGAAAGCCCUGGAUGCCAAAAUUGCAAGAUACAAGGCUCCAUUUCAUCAGUUGCGCAUUCAGUAUGGAACGAGCAAAGGAAAGAACUACACUGAGGAAGAAGAUAGAUUCUUGAUUUGUAUGUUACACAAAAUGGGCUUUGAUAGAGAAAAUGUAUAUGAAGAAUUAAGACAGUGUGUACGAAAUGCUCCACAGUUUAGAUUUGACUGGUUUAUCAAGUCUAGGACUGCCAUGGAAUUCCAGAGACGCUGUAACACUCUGAUUUCAUUGAUUGAGAAGGAAAAUAUGGAAAUUGAGGAAAGAGAGAGAGCAGAAAAGAAGAAACGGUCAACUAAAACUCCAAUGUCACAGAAAAGAAAAGCAGAGUCAGCUACUGAGAGCUCUGGAAAGAAGGAUGUCAAGAAGGUGAAAUCCUAAAGCCUAGAAAUAAAGUUUUAAAUGGGAAACUGCUAUUUUCUUGUUCCCAUCUUCAAAUGCUAAUUGCCAGUUCCAGUGUAUUCAUGGUACUCUAAGAAAAAUCUCUUUGGUUUUGAUUUCUUGCAUAUUUUAUAUAUUUUACAAUGCUUUCUACCUGAAAUGUGUAGCUUUAUAUUUUAUGGCAUUCUAGUAUUUUUGUGUACUGUAUUUUGUGCAUUUCAUGUCUUCAUCAAAAUCCUCUCAGUCCUUGUUCUUUUGAAGCUUGUGCUGAGGUUUUAGCUUUUCUAUGUUUUAUAUGCCGCUGCUUUGAAAGAGAACCUAGAUUCUAUAGUUGUAUUAUUGUUGUUUCAUACUUUAAAUUUAUAUGGCUGUGGAAAAAUGAAUUAAAAUGAUUUGAGGAGAAAGACUUUUUCACUUCUUUGUUGCUUUCUUUUCUAUUGAGUCUGGGCUUGUAUGUGUUACUGCAUACUGUGAUUAGCAUAAUAAUUGUUUCUUUGAGGUCAUCUAAAUAUUUUUUUCCUAAAGGAAUAAAGGGUGAGGAAAGAGAAAUAUUAAAAAAACUAAUAUUUGAUACUGUGCUUGCUGUCAGUAUGCAUUACAUUUAAAUUAUUCUCUAAAUAUUCAAGUGGGAAAACAUAAUAAAGAAAUGUCUAUAAGAAAUUUAA